GGCAAAUCAGUCAAUGAGCCAAUUAUGAAGUUUCGCGUUUUACAGCGGUGAUGUCAUUGUUAAGCCUUUUUGGCCGCUCCAAAUAAGUAUUGUAAGAGAGAGGCUGAUAGUUGUGGUUGAAUCUUUGACCAAACUCCGGUUUCUCAGGUUCAGGUGCAUUAGCAAUUCCAUCAGGUAUGGCAGCUAACAGGGGCCAGAACGGAAUUCAACAACUGUUAGCUGCAGAACAAGAAGCUCAGCAUAUUGUAAAUGCUGCCAGAAAUGCUAAAACUGCUAGGCUAAAACAGGCCAAAGAAGAAGCUGAGAGAGAGAUUGCUCAAUUUCGUGCUCAAAUUGAAGCUAACUUUCAGAGAAAACUUAAAGAGGGUAGUGGGGAUUCAGGUGCUAACGUGAAGCGGCUUGAGCAAGAAACAGAGGCAAAGAUACAUCAUCUAAAGAACGAGGCUGAAAGAAUAUCACAUCAUGUUGUACAUAUGCUUCUGAAACAUGUGACAACUGUGAAGAAUUAAGAUCAUGCAGAAGCUUGGGCUAAAUGCUUAAAUACUAAGUUGCUUCCUAUUAUUAUUUCUAUUGAAACUUGAUUUUUGCUUGGCAACAAUAAGGGAAUGUAUUUGUUAUGAGUAAUCUAUAUUUUUAACUUGUAUUGUUUGAUUAUGUUUCUUUUAUGAAAUAAAGGGCAUUUUAUGCUUGUUUAUAUGAUUUCUUUA